CCCGCCCCCCGCCGGCUCCGGGCCCGCUGCGGGGGUCCCGCCGGGGAGCAGGAGCGUCGGAGGUUCGCUUCACGUCCCGAGAGCUGGCGACCUGCGGCGUCCCCUGCGGUAGCCCCGGGUAACCCUAUGGAGAGGGGCCUGCGGAAUGCCAUAGUCUUCAACGCGUCCAAAGGGGAGGCUUUCACUCUCGCCAGCAGCUACAAGGCCUUGCGCAAAAGGCUUCGUGGUAACUGGAAGAUACAGAGCUUAAAAGAUGAGAUCACAUCUGAGAAACUGUUUGGGGUAAAAUUGUGGAUUACGGCAGGGCCAAGAGAAAAGUUCAGUGCUGCUGAGUUUUCAGUUCUGAAGAAAUUCCUGGAGGAUGGUGGAGCCAUCCUGGUGAUGCUAAGAGAAGGCGGAGAGUCACGAUAUGGCACAAAUAUUAACUUUUUGUUAGAAGAAUAUGGGAUCGUUUUCAAUAAUGAUGCUGUAGUACGAAAUGUGUAUUACAAGUAUCACCACCCAAAAGAAGCACUAAUCUCUGAUGGAGUUUUGAAUAGGGGAAUCAGUGAAGCUGCAAGAAAAACAGUGCAUGAGACAACAGAUGAAGAUGGAAGUGGACAUGACUCACAAGCUCUCACUUUCGUGUAUCCAUUUGGUGCCACACUGAAUGUGAUGAAACCAGCAGUGGCUGUUCUGUCAACAGGAUCUGUCUGCUUCCCGCUCAACAGGCCUAUUCUUGCUUUCUAUCAGCAUGAGCUCAAGGAAGUUACAGACACAAGGGUAGAAAAUGAAGCCAGAGACAGAGGUUGUCUCUCAAGCAGAGCAGAGAAACUUGGUAGAAGGAAAACAAGAUCUCUUGGAGUGAAAAAGAGAUACGGUAAAGAACAGCAACAGAAAGUGAAGGAAUGGAAAAGUCAAGGUGGAAAGAUGGCAGCACUGGGAUCUUCCCACAUGUUCAGUGAUCAAUAUUUAGAUAAAGAAGAAAACGGUAAGAUCAUGGAUGUGCUUUUCCAGUGGCUCACAACAUCAGAUAUCCAUUUAAACCAGAUGGAUAUGGAGGACCCUGAGAUUUCAGACUAUACCAUGCUCCCAGAUACAGCUGCGCUGUCUGAGCAACUGCGAGUCUGUCUGCAAGAAGGAGAUGAGAACCCAAGAGACUUCACAAAGCUGUUUGAUACAUCCCUUUAUCAGCUGGAUACAAGUGCCCUCCCUUCAGUUAUCAAAGCUUAUGAACAGCUGAAUGUGAAACAUGAACCUCUCCAACUCAUUCAGCCUCAAUUUGAGACUCCACUACCUGUCCUUCAGCCAGCUGUUUUUCCACCUGCUUUCAGAGAAUUGCCUCCUCCCCCUCUGGAGCUGUUUGACUUGGAUGAAACUUUUUCCUCUGAGAAAGCUCGUCUUGCAGAGAUUACAAACAAAUGUACUGAUGAUGACCUGGAGUUUUACAUACGAAAAUGUGGCGAUAUCCUAGGAGUAACAAGUAAACUCCCAAAGGAAAAGCAAGAUGCCAAACGUAUCCUGGAGCACAUCUUCUUCCAAGUGGUUGAGUUUAAGAAACUGAAUCAGGAGCAUGAUACUGACACAAGUGAAGCUGGAUUCCAGAAUGGUAACUGAGACCUGGCUUUCCCCAGUUUGAGAGAGACCUUUUAGUAAAAACAUACUUUUCCAUUUUUUCUCAACCUCUGUGUUCAGCAUAUUGAUAAGGACCAUCAGUAGUUCACUGAAUGUUUGGAUCAUUUAUGUGUAGUAAUUUGGAUAAUUAAUGCCUUUUGAGGAAGUGCUUGUAUUUUGCAAGCACUUCCCAAAUAAUUCCCUAUUUUUCUACUUCUUUAUUGAAACUGUAAUUUUGUAAUAUAUGAAUAAAAGAUCUUGUACUA